CGCGGGCGCCGCCGCCUCCGCCGCCUGGGACGCAGGGGUGGGGGACGGACGAGCCCCGAUGCCGGGGGAGACGGAGGAGCCGCGAUCCCCGGAGCAGCAGGACCAGGAAGGGGGCCAGUCAGCGGCGGCCGACGCGGCUUCGGAGGAGCCCCGGCCCGGCGCGGUGGCGGCGGCCGCGGCCGCGGCUCCUGCAGGGACCGCGAGCAGCCGCGUGCUGAGGGGAGGUCGGGACCGCGGCCGGGCCGCUGCGGCCGCCGCCGCCGCUGUGUCCCGCCGGAGGAAGGCCGAGUAUCCCCGCCGGCGGAGGAGCAGCCCCAGCAACAGGCCUCCCGACGCGCUCGGGCAGCAGCCCGCGGCCGCGAAGCCCCCGUCUCCUGCUCAGGGCAAGAAGAGUCCGCGACUCCAGUGCAUAGAAAAAAUAACAACUGAUAAAGAUCCCAAGGAAGAGAAAGAAGAUGAUUCUGUCCUCCCUCAGGAAGUUUCCAUUACUACAACUAGACCUAGCCGGGGCUGGCGCAGUAGUAGCCGAACAUCUCUCUCUCGCCUUCGAGACACUGAGAACACAAGGAGCUCUAGAUCCAAGACUGGCUCGUUGCAACUCGUCUGCAAGUCAGAACCAAUUACAGAUCAGCUUGAUUAUGACGUUCCAGAAGAACAUCAGUCCCCCGAUGGCAUUAGUGAUGAGGAAGAGGAGGAGGAGGAAGAAAUGUUAAUCAGUGAAGAGGAAAUACCAUUCAAAGAUGACCCAAGAGAUGAAACUUACAAGCCCCACCUUGAAAGGGAAACCCCAAAGCCACGAAGAAAAUCAGGGAAGGUGAAAGAAGAGAAAGAAAAGAAAGAAAUUAAAGUGGAAGUAGAAGUAGAGGUAAAAGAAGAAGAGAAUGAAAUUAGAGAAGACGAGGAACCUCCUAGGAAGAGAGGGAGAAGACGAAAAGAUGACAAAAGCCCACGGUUACCCAAACGGAGGAAAAAACCUCCAAUCCAAUAUGUUCGUUGUGAGAUGGAAGGAUGUGGGACUGUUCUUGCUCACCCUCGCUAUUUGCAGCACCACAUUAAAUACCAGCAUUUGCUGAAAAAAAAAUAUGUAUGUCCCCAUCCCUCGUGUGGACGACUCUUCAGGCUCCAGAAGCAACUUUUGCGACAUGCCAAACAUCAUACAGAUCAGAGGGAUUAUAUCUGUGAAUAUUGUGCUCGGGCCUUCAAGAGUUCUCACAAUCUGGCAGUACACCGGAUGAUUCACACGGGCGAGAAGCCGUUGCAAUGUGAAAUCUGUGGAUUUACUUGUCGACAGAAGGCAUCCCUUAAUUGGCACAUGAAGAAACAUGAUGCAGACUCCUUCUACCAGUUUUCUUGCAAUAUCUGUGGCAAAAAAUUUGAGAAGAAGGACAGUGUAGUGGCACACAAAGCAAAAAGCCACCCUGAGGUGCUGAUUGCAGAAGCUCUGGCAGCCAAUGCGGGCGCCCUCAUCACCAGCACAGAUAUCUUGGGCACUAACCCAGAGCCCCUGACACAACCUGCAGAUGCUCAGGGGCUUCCUCUUCUUCCUGAGCCCUUGGGAAACUCAACAUCUGGAGAGUGCCUGCUGCUGGAAGCCGAAGGAAUGUCAAAAUCAUAUUGCAGUGGGACAGAACGGGUGAGCCUUAUGGCUGACGGCAAGAUCUUUGUAGGAAGUGGCAGCAGUGGGGGCACUGAAGGGCUGGUCAUGAACUCGGAUAUACUCGGUGCUACCACAGAGGUUCUGAUUGAAGAUACAGACUCUACUGGACCUUAGUGCAAAGGAAGACUUUGGGCACUGGGACAGUGCAGACUUUGUAUUUAAAAGAUAAAAAGGACAAAAAAAAUUUAAAGCAUUUAAAAACCUAGUAAAAUAACUGAAGGGCCUGCUCUUUGCAUUGUGGAUCAUAGCACACCACACACACACACACACACACACACACACACACACACACACACACACACACCAUCCCCUUUCCCUGAACUCCGCUCCCUUGUCCUUAAAACAUUGAUGUUGCCUUUAUCAGAAAGGUCAACGAAAAAGCAGUAGCAUACUUGGUUCCAGCCAGCAGCAGACUUCCUGCUCAUUGGUAGAUCUCCUUUUCCCAACCUAUAACUUUGAUGUGCUCUGGAUCAGCUUUUAACUCAUAAUAGUGUAUUACUAUCGUCUAAAUCUUUUCUCCACUACUACUGCCCUAUGGCUCUGGCUUCUCCCCAUUGCAACAACCAAUACUUAUCCUCAAAUAUUAUAUAAUUCUAUUUUCUGGAGGCUGGCAGCUUGACUUGGCACUUUAGGGCCCCUUAACAGGAUGCUGUUAAAACAGCAUGAAUCUCUCACCCCUCUUCUUCCAUUACUCACUGGGUUUGGAGAAGGAAGAAUACAUGGGGACCACCUCCCUCCCCUUCAAUGGAUCCCAGCACCUCAGUCUCCCCUCCCAAACCUCCAUAUGGCUCUUAAUGGUGCUCACUUGCUUGGAAGCAGGCUCCCAAGAGAGAGGGGACUGCCCUCUAUACAGUCUUUGUGGCUGUAAGACGGGCUAUAUGUCAGUGAUAAAAGUCCCAGGCUAAUGGCAGAAAUUUGCACUUUGAACAUGUGUGUUUUUGUGUUGUGGAACCUGAGAUUCCUUAUUUAUUAAUGGAAAGUCUGAUUUGGGGGGAGGGUCUUUGUUGCUAUGUUUUGUGGGGCUGGGAGAGUAGAUUAUUCUGACAUGGGAUCCUUCCUACAAGAGGUACUUUGAAGGCAAGGCGUAGUUAAAGAAGCACAGCCAGCCUCUAAAAUCAUAGUUCUCUAGUGGCCUUUAAAGAAAGCUGGUCCUCAGCACUUAACAGAAUCACUACAGUAGCCUAGUGCUUUUUUUGGAAGCCUUAGGGAAGGCUUAUAGGUUUGUGGUAACUAGUGUGCUCUUUGAGUUUUUAAGAGCAUUAAGAUACAAGAAUUUUGAGGGGU